ACUUGAGGUAUCGGGAAUUUGUGUGAGACAGGAGGCACGGCGCUUGCGAUUAACACCUUUGCGGGACGCGUAGCGGUCCGGGACUGCGGGCUGUGUCAGGCAAAUCGGGAGUGUCCCGCGGAAAGCGGGGCUGUUGGGCAGUAUGCAGAUGGACCAGUCCUCCCAAUCCUACAUGCUUGCCAAUUUAACCCAUCUUCAUUCGGAGCAACUUCUGCAGGGCUUAAAUCUCCUCCGCCAGCACCACGAGCUCUGCGACAUUGUCCUCCAGGUCGGCGAUGUCAAGAUCCACGCACACAAAGUGGUGCUUGCCAGCAUCAGCCCAUACUUCAAAGCCAUGUUUACCGGAAACCUUUCUGAGAAAGAGAACUCACAAGUGGAAUUUCAGAGUGUUGAUGAAGCAGCACUUCAGGCCAUUAUUGAAUAUGCUUACACAGGGACUGUUUUCAUCUCCCAAGAGACAGUGGAAUCUCUUCUUCCAGCAGCAAACCUACUCCAGAUCAAACUGGUGCUGAAGGAAUGCUGUGCAUUCCUGGAGAGCCAGCUCGAUGUGGGCAAUUGUAUAGGGAUUUCUCGUUUUGCUGAGACUUAUGGUUGCCAUGAACUCUAUCUGGCUGCUAACAAGUAUAUUUGCCAGAACUUUGAGGAUGUUUGCCAGACAGAAGAAUUCUUUGAACUGUCCAAUUCAGAGCUACAUGAAAUAGUUUCCAAUGACUGUUUGAAUGUCGUUAACGAAGAGACUGUCUUUUAUGCACUCGAAUCAUGGAUAAAGUAUGAUGUGCAGGAGAGGCAAAAGUAUUUGGCUCAGUUAUUGCACUGUGUCCGAUUGCCGCUUCUGAGUGUCAAAUUUCUUACCAGGUUAUACGAAGCAAAUCAUCUUAUACGCGAUGACCACACAUGUAAACAUUUGCUGAAUGAAGCUCUGAAAUACCAUUUUAUGCCUGAACACAGACUCUCCCAUCAGACGGUGCUAAAAACACAGCCUCGGUGUGCUCCCAAAGUACUUUGUGCCGUGGGAGGGAAAGCAGGACUGUUUGCAUGCCUGGAAAGUAUGGAGAUGUAUUUUCCUCAGGAUGAUUCAUGGAUAGGGUUGGCCCCUCUAGGAUCCCCACGAUACGAGUUUGGACUGUGCACCCUGGAUCAGAAAGUGUAUGUUGUGGGAGGGAUUGCAACUCAUAUGCGGCAAGGAAUCAAUUACAGAAAGCAUGAGAACUCUGUGGAAUGCUGGGAUCCUGUCACAAAUAAAUGGACAUCAAUUGAAAGAAUGAUUGAGUGUAGAAGUACCCUUGGAGCAGUGGUUUUAGCAGGUGAAAUGUAUGCCUUGGGUGGUUAUGAUGGACAGUCGUGUUUGCAGUCAGUGGAAAAGUACAUACCAAAAGCCAAGGAAUGGCAUCCUGUGGCACCAAUGAUUAAAACAAGAAGUUGCUUUGCUGGUGCUGUAUUGGAUGGCAUGAUAUACGCAAUUGGUGGCUAUGGUCCAGCCCACAUGAACAGUGUGGAGCGCUAUGAUCCCAGUAGAGACUCCUGGGAGAUGGUUGCCUCAAUGGAAGAUAAGAGAAUCAAUUUUGGAGUCAGUGUUAUGCUGGGCUUUAUUUUUGUAGUUGGAGGGCACAAUGGGGUAGCUCAUCUGUCAAGCAUCGAAAGAUAUGAUCCCCAUCAAAAUCAGUGGACUGUUUGUAGGCCCAUGAAGGAACCCAGAACAGGAGUUGGUGCCGCUGUUGUCGAUAACUACCUCUAUGUAGUUGGGGGUCACUCAGGGUCAUCUUAUCUAAAUUAUGUUCAAAAAUAUGACCCAAUCUCAGACACAUGGCAGGACGUAGCAGGAAUGGCAUAUUCUCGAUGUAAUUUUGGUCUUACUGCCCUUUGAUGAAGACACAAGCAAAUCAUGUAUGAUAUAUUUCUGCAUGAAAGGAUGUCCAAAGCUUUCUGAGCUGGUUGCUGCAGUAGGAACAACAAGAUGGAACCUAUCCUACAAACAUGACACAUGUUCCUACAGACUGAAGUCAGCCUUCAUGCAGUGUGAAGAAACAGUCGGUCAUCCACAAUCGUCGAUUUCUAGUCAGCGAGAAAGCAUGAUGCUACAGCAAAUACAAUGGGGAAUCUCUAUGAAAAAUGAGAAAUCUGAAUAUGUUACACAUUUGCAGAGAUUACUGGGAGUGGGCAUGAAAAGAACAUUCAGUAGGCUUUGCAGGUUUUCUAACAUUAAGGCUAACAUUAAAAAAAUUAUAGAGAGUGAUUCAAAAAAUGUGAAAAAAGUAUUGCGAGUGAAAAGCUAUAUAUCCAAAAAAAAAAAAACAUGUGGCAAAAAGAUCUAAAAGUGCAUUACAGGAAAUAUGUUGCUGUAAUAGAUAUGUUUAGUGAAACAAAAUCAUCAAAUGUACAGUAAAGCUCUUAUUAGCACUGAGAUGUUAGAUCUUCAGCCCUUCUGCUGCUAAACUACAACAUGCAUAGCUAAGGAUUCUGGGUGUUGUAUUUUCCCAGUUGUAAGGCUAUUGGUUUGACUUCCCUGUUGAAGCAGGUACUAUGAUUUAACCAAUUUACUGUCAGAGGUGCAGGCUCCUCUUUCAGUACUGAGGUUAAAAUGUUUGUGUCUACAUGAAGUCAUACAGUGCCAUCACUCAGCCAUCCCUAUAAAGGGUUCUAAAGCUGCAAUGGAAGUCUUUGUUUUACAUGUCCUCUGUUCUGCACAUUAUCCCGUUUUAUUAAAAAUGUAAACUGUUAGUCUUAAUAGCAAAUCAGGACAAUUAAUAGUCCUUAAUGGGUUUUUAUGCCUGUUACCUUUCUUACCUAUUUCAUCUUAAUGAACUACAGACAGUUGCUUUUUUCCUUCCAUCUGCUGUGCUGAGACAGGAAUAUGUUUGAAUGUGUAGUUAUACAGACAUUCCUUUGUCUAGAAGGGAUGAAAAACCAGUGCUUCUCAAUUUUUUAUAUGGCAAAUAAAGGGCUGCUUUUUCCUAUUA